AGUAUUUUCCGAGUCUGCUUCUCAGGCUAAUAGUCACUUCCCAGGUCGUAUUCAUUCACCCUACCUGUACCCUUCUGUCGCAUUGGUUCUGUUCGGCCAGGUCGUGUUUAGCAGACGCGGCUCAUUACUUCAACGCUGCCGUGAUGCUUAUGGAACGGUCAUGUUCUUAUCGAGUCUAUCGAGUCUAUCCAUGGCUGAUCAGUACGAGUCCGUCAGCCUCAUUUGUCCACCAGUGGACCAUGGACCAGCUGCAGGACACAGCUGGUUCCCAGGACCCCCUCCACCCAUCUAUUCAUGUACCCUGACUCCAGAACUGGAGGCCAAGGCACGAGAGGAGCUCCAGGAAAAACCAGAGUGGCGUCUUCGAGAUGUCCAAGCACUGAGAGACAUGAUUCUUAAGGAACAUCCCAACCUCAGAACCCGACUGGAUGAUGCCUUCCUUCUGCGUUUCCUGCGGGCCAGGAAGUUCGACUACGACCGAGCCCUGCAGCUGCUGCUUAAUUAUCACGCAGGCCGAAAGGCCUGGCCAGAGGUGUUCCAGGACCUGAAGCCGUCCACGGUGAAACAUGUCCUGGACCUGGGCUUUCUCACCGUCCUCCCACGACCGGACCCAAAUGGCAGAUACGUCCUCUUUCUCCGGCCAGGAAAAUGGAAACCAAACGAUUACCCGUUUGUUGAUAAUGUGAGGGCCAUUUACCUGACUCUGGAGAAGCUGAUCCAGCCUGAGGAAACACAGGUGAAUGGUAUUGUCAUCUUAGCCGACUACACUGGAGUGGGAAUGUCUCAAGCUUCCAAUCCAGGUCCCUUUCUUGCUAAAAAAGUGGUGAGCAUACUCCAGGAUGGUUUUCCGAUCAGAAUCAAAGCUGUUAACAUCGUUAAUGAACCCAGGAUUUUCAAAGGCAUCUUUGCAAUAAUCAAGCCGUUCCUAAAGGAGAAGAUGGCAGAGAGGUAUGUCCUCCACGGCUCAGACCUGCGCUCGCUGCACCGAAGCAUCCCGCCUUCGUUCCUGCCAGAGGAAUAUGGCGGCACCGCCGGCCGGCUGGACUUGGCGGCGUGGACGAGGCUGCUGCUGGACUGUGAGGAGGAGUUCAUAGUGGAGUUCUGCCAGCCUGAUCCACUAGAGGGCGUGGUGCUCCCAGACUCCAUGCUGUUUGAAGAAGGGGCCGGUGGGAAGGACGAGGACACCUUCAGGGGGCUUCGCUCCCAGCUCUACUACUGUUACUGAUGCGCAGAGCUUCUCACUGAGAGGACAUCCAGCUGGUGUGGAGACUUUUCACGGGCCGAGUUGCCAAUAUUGUACAUGAUUUAUUUUACUAAGUAGCACUACUUUAUGCGGAGUGUUUAAUUCACACACAGCCCAGCAUUCGGUCGUGUAGCGAGGCCGCCCCAGACUCUCUGCUGAAUAGACAUGAGCCAGAUCAUGAAUCAACCCCGGUGUUUAAACAGCGAGUCAUUACAGCACAUUUAGCUCAUGAUUCCUAUUAAACUCCUGCUAAUCUUUGUUGUUGUGCUCGGCGGAGGUGAGGUUUCAUCAGUCCUGUCAGAAAAACCAACAGGCAUCUGCACGCAGAAACCUUGUCUGGGGACCCUGUGAUAACACCUGGAAGUUACCAUUAGAGGCUGCUGAUGGAUGGAAAAUCGUGUCCACUGAUUGUUUUACUGGCAGCACACUUUAAAUGCUGCCUCAGAACAAAGCAGCUGAUUCACGGCUGCUUCAGCAGCAAAAGAAAAACUAUUAAUUACACCUAUUAAAAGUCUCAUUUCUGUUUUUAAGAUUUCCAGGUGAUCACAAAUUCAAUUAAUAUUCUGAAUAUUGCGCAUAUUAUUUUAACUAUGGCAGUGUUAAAGCAUCAUGACGAAUACUCAGGCCGUGUGAUUGAAUUGCCCCAAAAUGUUUGUGCAAUCUUCAAAAGCGUCGCCUUAAUGUGUCGUAUGAGUUAUGUUAUGGUGUGCACCAAAGCAAUACUCCUGUGCCUGAUCAUCAGGACAGGUCCGUCAGACAAUAUUGUAGAAAUUAGACAUAAGUGGCUAUUUUGGGUAAGACAAAGAACUCAGAAUUGAGCAUCAUUUCAGCGCCUUUGUUUAUUUUUCUGGCUCAUUAGAUUAUUUCAGGAGUUUUGAUAAUCUGCCUUAUGAUAUUUUUUAAACUUUGACUCUUUGUUUCAUGAUUCAGUCUUAAUUAAGGACCGUUGCAGAUCACAUGACUCUUUAAACCUCUGGUUUGCCAAAUGGAACGCGGGUACAGAAAUGUGCAAUAUUCUUGCAUUUUUCUACUUGCAGCUGUCCAAAGCUAAUCUGAGUAUUUUUGUGAAAUAGUUUGUUUUUAUUUCUGACAUGUCUGUAACAAUAAGCUGUAUCAUGUUGCAGGGUAUUUAUUGUUGGUGUAGCUGGUAAAGUAAAGCCCUAAUACAGGA